CAGCCGACAGUCAUGCAAUCUAACAUGAAGCCCGACACAUAACGGGGAGUUUCAAGGUUUUUGGGGGUUUUUUGCGGGUCACAUCAGUUGAAAAGGUAGGUAGAGGGGGACUGCUCCUGUCACCUGACCCCACAAAAGAGAGCCGGACACUGGAAUAGCAGGGGCCCUCAGGAUGUCCGAGGGUCCGAGGAAGCGGAGCAGCAGCGGCGGCGGCGGCGGUGAGGGAGGCGGGGGCGACGGGGGCGCUCAAUCUGAAGCCCAGCCGGACGUCGGGAAAGAUGCAGGAGGAGGCUCAGAUGUGGCUCUGAAAAAACAAAUUGGACUUGUGAGCGCCUGUGGCAUCAUAGUGGGCAACAUCAUUGGAUCUGGGAUUUUUGUGAGUCCUAAGGGAGUGCUGGAGAAUGCCAGCUCAGUGGGUGUAGCCCUGAUCGUUUGGGUCACCACCGGUGUCAUCACAGCCAUUGGCGCUCUCUGCUAUGCGGAGUUGGGCGUGACCAUCCCCAAGUCGGGGGGAGAUUACUCUUAUGUCAAGGACAUCUUUGGAGGACUGGCUGGUUUCCUGCGUCUGUGGAUUGCCGUGCUGGUUAUCUAUCCCACUAACCAGGCUGUGAUCGCUCUCACCUUCGCAAACUACGUCCUGCAGCCCCUCUUUCCCUCCUGCCUGCCCCCAGAGAGUGGCCUCAGCCUGCUGGCUGCUGUCUGCCUGUUGCUGUUGACAUGGGUGAACUGCCACAGUGUGCGCUGGGCCACAUAUGUCCAAGAUGUCUUCACUGCUGGCAAGCUUUUGGCCUUGGGCCUCAUCAUAAUCUUGGGUCUUGUCCAGAUAUGCAAAGGUCACUAUCACUGGUUGGAGCCAGCGCAUGCCUUCGAGACCUUCCGUGAAUAUAACGUCGGUCUCAUAGCUCUGUCCUUCCUGCAAGGCUCCUUUGCUUAUGGAGGGUGGAAUUUCCUAAACUACGUUACGGAAGAAUUGGUCGACCCUUACAGGAAUCUACCACGUGCAAUCUUCAUCUCCAUCCCCGUGGUCACCUUCGUUUACGUGUUUGCCAACGUGGCCUACGUCACAGCCAUGAGCCCCCAAGAGCUGCUGGCUUCCAAUGCUGUGGCAGUGACAUUUGGAGAGAAAUUGCUAGGAGUAAUGUCAUGGAUCAUGCCCAUCUCUGUGGCGCUCUCCACCUUCGGGGGGGUCAAUGGCUCCCUCUUCACGUCGUCGCGGCUGUUUUUCGCUGGGGCGAGGGAAGGCCAUCUCCCGCGUCUGCUGGCCAUGAUCCACGUCUCGCGCUGCACUCCCAUCCCAGCCUUGCUGUUUACUUUGAUCUCCACUCUGCUGAUGUUGUGCACCAGUGACAUUUAUACCCUCAUAAACUAUGUGGGUUUCAUCAACUACCUCUUCUAUGGCGUCACUGUUGCCGGGCAGAUUGUGCUGCGCAUCAAAGAGCCUGACAUGUAUCGGCCCAUCAAGGUGAGCCUGUUCUGGCCAGUGAUCUACCUGCUGUUCUGGGCCUUCCUGCUUGUCUUCUCCCUCUACUCUGAGCCUAUUGUCUGUGGCAUUGGUCUGGCCAUCAUGAUGACCGGUGUCCCCGUAUAUUUCCUGGGAGUCUACUGGGAAAACAAGCCACAAUGCUUUGAUAAUACUAUGGGUAAAAUAACUCACCUGUGCCAAAAGUUCUGCAUGGUGGUCUAUCCAGCCGUGGAGGAAAGCCCAGAACCCAGUGGACCUCAACAUAAAGAUAAAGAAGACGGAAAAAGCUCACAAACAGCUGCUUGAACAUGUGCGUGCACAAAAAUGUGGACGAUGCCUCUUUUGGGGUGGAAAAAAAUAAAUUCUA